GUUCUCUCAAGUCUCAACUCCUCACUCAUCGAUCAUUCAUAUACCGCGAGUCUUGUAAAUGGCAGCCACCAGGAGCAGAUAACACCUGCACAACAAGACAAACAAACCAACAGAAUCAGCCAAUUUACUCCCUCCCUCCCUCCUUUCUUCUUUCCAUCUCCGUCCGUCGUCACCCCCCGCCACCCCUCCGCGGACUAUCUGAUGGAAGCCAUUGGUGUCGCUUCUUCCUCUAGCAUCGUUGUUUUACACAGCAAUGGAACCAGAAGCUUGUUUUCUUCCUCCACGGUGUUUAAUCUUGAUAGAUGCCCUCUCACUUGUUUUCUCCCUGCUAAAAAGAAGGUUACUGGUGAUUUCUUGAAGCAUUCCAUAAGCUCAAAGCUGCACGGGAGUCUUUCUGCUAUUUCAGCUUCUGCUUCUCUCUCGCAGCAGGAGGCUGCCCAGGUUGACUUGGAAGACUCGGACUCUGAAGCCCAAAUCCAAGAAACAGGUGAAUGAGCUCUUUCCGAGACGAGGGGAAAAAGAGUUUUCAAUGGCGUGUCUAUUUGAUCGUUUUAGGGUUUCCUUUAGGCAUUUCUACGUCCAUGGUUGAACCAGUAUCUCUAAUUUCUUGCAGAGGAAAGGAAUGUUCCUUCCGUUCGUGUGAAGUUCCUAUUACAGAAGGAAUGCUCGUUUGGUGAGCAAUUUGUCUUGGUAGGGGACGAGUCAGUGUUGGGUUUAUGGGAACCUGAAAAUGGUGUGCCAUUGGACUGGUCAGAUGGACAUGUUUGGGCUGUGGAACUAGAUAUACCAAUUGGGAAGACAAUCAAGUACAAGUUCAUCCUCAAAGGUCUAGAUGGCUCGUUACUGUGGCAGCCAGACCCUGAUCGAGUUCUUGAGCCAUGGGAAACUCAGGGCACCAUAGUUGUUCUCGAAGAUUGGGAAGAUCCUCUAGUUCAGAAGAUCAUGGAGGAAGAAGCAGUACAAACUUCUCAGAGUGUUGCUGUAAAUGAAGAACCCGUUACUGACGAAGAAGAAACACCAAACCCUGUAGUAGAUGACUCUGGCUUGCCUGUUAAAGCUGGAACUUUGGCUCUCCAGGAGACUGAAACAGUUACUUAUGUAAAGGAAGAGGAAGAACCAUCUGCAAGUGUUACAGAAGAAGAGGCAGCAGCUGACAAAGAAGAAGAUACAGCACCUGUUCCGGACUCUACUUUGCAGAUUGCAACAGAGAGUUUGGCUCCUCGAGAGAGUGAACCUGUUUUGGUCUCUGCCCAUGAGGUAUCUUUCUUAGCCGCUAAGGUUUGUGCUACUACCCAACUAGAGAAGGCAAUGGCUUCUGUUAUGGCAGAUAACAAUAUCACUCACCACCACCAAGGGGGGGAGAGUAUUACUCAAAAUGGAAAAGGUCAAGUUUCAGGUGAAAGCAUGAAUGAUGGUCAAAAGGUGGACCCUGUGUUUCCUUUGAGCGAUGAUAAUGUUGAAGAUGGUGAUGAGUGUGUUGAUGGAAUAUUGUUACCCGAAGAAGCUGGGUUGGCUGUUCUUGUACCGGGCUUAUUAUCUACAGUUCAGGAGUCCCCAACCGAAGAAGAAGCAAGGGAGGAUGAGGGAAUAGCAAUUGCUGUUGAUGCGUCAUCUGAGGAAGUUCAACAUAGUGGAGAAGAGAAAUCCAUUAGGUCAGAAUAUGACAAGGAAGAAGCCAAGGGUGAAGGAAUAACAGAGUUGUUGCCCAAGGAGGAGAAGGUGAAAGAUUAUGAUAAUGGUGAAGAUGUUGAUGGUGAUGACAGAGCACCACCAGUUAUGAACUUAACAAUAACCACUGGUAGUAGCGAUGGAAUAUUGGAACCUGAACAAGAAGGAGUGACUGCUCCUUUACCGGGUUUAUCACCUCUAGUUCUGGAGACACCGAGUGAAGAAGAAGCAACUGGGGGUGAGCAAAGUGUUACGAUUGCCUUUGAUGCCUCAGUUGACGGAGCUAACAACAAUGACGUUGAGAAUCCUAGUGGAGAAGAGAAAACCAUUGCUUUGGAGUAUGACAAGGAACAAGUUUAUGUCGAAGAACCAGUAGCGUUACCCGAGGAGAAGGACGAGGAAGAGGAGAAACCAAAUGAUGAUGGAGUGGAAGAGAAGUCAACUUCAGCUAGUGAUGAGAGUCGAUGCAAAUUUCCAACUCCCAGUGGUGAAACUGAGAAUGUGCUGCAGAAUGACAUGCAGUGGGUGCAGAAACUACUGAGUAACCUAGGCCUGCUGUAAAAUUUUUGUCCCACCUCUCUAAAUCUUUUAGAGACCAAAUUUUCUGGCUGCAGUGGCCGGAUCCACCUCCUGUACAUAAUAUGCGAUCCGUGUCAUCUGUUCUCAUGAUUUUGUGCAGUUUGCUACUAUCCAUUGUAAUUGGCAAUAUCAAUGCUGUGCUGUGCUGUGCUGUGUAUAUAAUGGCGUAAUGUCUGGCUUUCGCUGCGGAAGCAAGUGCAUUUUGAAAGGCUUGUUAGCUCAAUCAUCAAAUACCAAUCCAGAUUCCAGACUCUAAACA